AUGGGUGUGCCGGCGGCGAACAAGGAUGGCGAGAGUCCGAGGAGUCCAGAGGCGAAGCUGGGGAUGCAUGUAGAGGAUCUGUGGGACACACAAGAGCCUCAGCUGUCUCCUACCGAAAAGCUCAAUGCUUGCUUUGAGAGUGUUCCGGUUUCUGACUUCCCCACUUCUCCUAAUCAAGUGAUUGAGAUAAAGUCAGACACCAGUUUAGCUGAAGCAGUCAAAAUCUUGGCUGAACAUAAAAUUCUGAGUGCUCCGGUGGUGGAUGUCGAUGCACCUGAAGAUGCAAGCUGGAUCGACAGAUACAUUGGCAUUGUGGAGUUUGCAGGGAUCGUUGUGUGGAUUCUACAUCAGUCAGAACCACCAUCUCCGAGGACUCCAAGUACUCCGUCUAGUCCAUCUAGUGCAACUGCAAUAGCGGCAGCAGCAAAUAGACUGAAAGGUCUUGAUCUUGCAGGACUUUUAGAAAACGGGUCAGACCUUGCUCCACCAACUUCAGGAAGCUUUUUUGAGGCUUUGACUUCUUCUGAGUUUUACAAGAACACACAGGUUCGAGAUAUCUCAGGGUCAUUCCGGUGGGCACCAUUUCUGGCUUUGCAGACGGAGAACACAUUUUUGACCAUGCUCUUGCUGCUUUCCAAGUACAAAAUGAAGAGUGUUCCUGUAGUUGAUUUAGGUGAGGGAAAGAUUGAUAACAUCAUCACACAAGCUGCUGUCAUUCAUAUGUUAGCAGAAUGUGCUGGUCUUCAGUGGUUUGAAAGCUGGGGAACCAAGAAACUAUCGGAAAUUGGUCUCCCCGUAAUGACUGCUGAUAGCAUAGUGAAGGUGUACGAGGAUGAGCCAGUGCUCCAAGCAUUUAAGCUGAUGAGGAAAAAGAAGGUCGGUGGGGUACCUGUGAUUGAAAGUGGUGGUAACAAGGCAGUUGGUAAUAUUAGCUUAAGAGAUGUUCAGUUCUUGCUCACUGCACCAGAAAUCUACCAUGCUUACAGAUCCAUCACAGCAAAAAACUUCUUGACAGCUGUUAGAAGCCAUCUAGAGAAACAAGAUGAAUUCUACCCUUUGGUGAGUACUAUGGUUACUUGCAAAAGGGACGACACAAUUAAAGAUUUGAUUAUGAAGCUGGACUCUGAGAAGAUUCACCGUGUGUAUGUGGUGGGUGAUAAUGGGGAUCUGGAAGGAGUCAUUACGUUGAGGGACAUCAUCUCUAGGCUAGUCCAUGAGCCCCGUGGCUACUUUGGUGACUUCUUUGAUGGUGUUUUGCCCCUGCCCCAAAGCACCAGGGUUUAAACUUGAGCUAUGAAGAAGAAAAAGUUCUGAUAUUUUUCUGAAUGAGUUACCAUUUUGGGUUUUGUCUUUCUUUAUUCCUCAUCUGUAAUGUCUUCCUUUCUGCAAUUCUGCCCCAACUGUAAUGAGCUCUUCCCCUGUGGUAUCACUGCCUGAUUUGUUGUUGAACAGUAAAUCGUCUGUAAAUACCGUCCCUUAGGUCGACUGUUUUGAUUACUCUAAAUUUGUUGUGCUCAUAAACACCAGGCGAGCUUUUUGCAGUAAAAAUAAUAAAUAUAUAACCUUUUCGGUCAUCUUAA